GGGAGACGUAGCCCCCCCCCCCCCGCUCCGCCACCACCUUCUCCUCCGCAGAGCCAAGCAACGAUCUUUACAGCACCCCCCUCUUUCUAGAGGGCUAAUCCUCAGCAUGCUGGCCACCCACCAAGCCAUGUGGAGAUGACUUGGCAUCAUGGCAUCCCAGAGUCUUCUGUGGUCUUCCUCCUGCUGCUGUUGGUUUCCUCCCUAUCUGAGCCAAGUGACGAUUGCAUCUUUGGGUACUCUCCUUUCCAGACCACGAGCUUUUCAGACGACUUCGAAAAUCUGAAGCAGUACCUACUCUUUGAUUACCCAGUAUUUAUGCCAUCCAACCUGAAACCGGAUGAAUUCUGCCUAGGGUUAUGGAAACUUCAUCUCAUCAACAGAAAUCUGAAGAGCAUGAUCAAAGUGUCUGGGAGUAGCCUUAAGAGAUUGAUAAAGAAUAUAACGAGUCACACAAAAAUUAUCGAAAAAUGCAAAAUUGACGAUAGCUGUGUUGAUUUUGAGAGGACAAACAUCUCUCAGUUCCUAGAGCCCAUUCCCUCCUUUCUUAAAUCACUGGCAGACCGGAUGGAGGAUUACGGGACGGAUGGGCUCCAUGGUGACUUUCGUAAUUGCACCAUUAUUCAGUGCCUCUCAGACUCUUAUACUACUCCAGCUGCCAAUAACUCUGUGCAGACGCAUGAAAUGAACUACUCAUCCCAACCAAUCUCCUCUGGAAGAUCUUACUGGGGGCUGCUUAUACUUCCGCUUCUCUUGCUCUGCCUUCUCUUUAUUAUGAGACUUCUAUGCUGGAGAUUCGAGAGACCCACGAGGUUUCAGAUAACGGAAACUGAACUCAUGGAGGACGUUUAGGAAAUCAAAUGGCAAAGAGUAUGGUGCAAGUGAUGUGAAACGGCGAUCUCCGCACUGAGUGGGAUGGUGACUUUUCGCUCACACGCUGUCAGGAGUGGCACAUUCCCGGCUCCCAGUUUUCUCCCUGGAGGACUAAACUUGUGGAACACACAAAGGCCACUUUUUGGAAUGGGGGAGGGGGAGAGAGACUGCAGAAUGUCUACAAGGGAGUCAUGGGCUGCAGUUCCGGAUUCUUCCACUGAGUGAUGCUGCACCAUCAUUUUUAUAGUGUGUGUGUGUGUGUGUGUGUGUGUGUGUGUGUGUGUGUGUGUG